UGCCGGCAAAAUGCCCUGUUCGCUGCCGGUGCGUCGAUGUGUCCCGUUUGGUCGCAGUGGCGGUGGGACACGGCCAUCAACGCACCGCUGCUGCUGCUGUUCCACUGUGUGAUGACAACCUAGCGAGCCAUAUGCGUGCCGCGUGUGCGAUGCAUCGCCAACGAUGGGUGCGAAGAUGAACGCGUCCUCUUGUGCUUACCGAUGCACACCAAAGCAAAAGCAAAGCAAAAGCAAGCAACAAGCGUUCCUCUUUUUUGCCCUUGUUCCCCUCACUUUUUCUUUUGCGUUCUCUUCCUCUUCUGCCACACCUCACGACGACCUCACGACCAUACAAACACACCCUCGAGUGGCUGUGUCUUCUGUGUGUCUCGCUGUCUGAGUCUUGUGGUACCCCCCUUGCCUCCCCCUUGCCUCUCCCUUGCCUCCACCUUGCCUCCGUGUCUCUUGUCUUCCCUCCCCUCUCAUCCUUUCUUCUCUCUCCCUCUCACAAGAACGCACGCCAUGCCCGCUUUCGGCACUCGCAUGGAGAUUGCUUCCUCCGCCAACCUCUCCCCAGUUCAGGCUGACCUGUACUGGCGUCGGCGCUACCGUGUGGACGCUCUGCGCAGCAAGUCAUGGACUGAGAGCAACUUUGUGCAAGCGAAGCGCAACUCCAUGCGCAGCCCCCGCACCUCCACCGCGGCCUCGGAGCCCACGUCCCCGCGGCCGGGCAAGACAAGCAGCAACGCCUCCCCAAACACCCUGCUGCCGCCACUCACUGAGAUGCCCUUUGCAAACCACCAGCAGCAGAAGCAGCAGGCGUCGCCGUCAACAAAGAAGUCGUCCCGUAUCCGCCGUCGUCGCACGGAGCCCGGGUCGCUCGCCGACGAGCACCUGCGCCACCGCACGCUGCGCAACAGCCGCACGUUUGAGGCCAUGCCGAGCUGGGACCGCGACCUCUUUGCACCUCUUCCACCGGUCCCGGAGUCGCGCAAGCCGCUCACGGACCUGCCGGACUGCCGCCCGCGCCGCCGCAGCAAAGUCGGCGACGUUGAGACAAAGGUCGACCCCGUCAAGCGCCGCCAGGACUCGGACCCAAAGCCUUCCCGCCUGCCAAAGCUGCCGCCCGGCACACGCAACCCGUGGAACGCCAAGAACGCGCCCCUGAAGCUCUCCCUCGCCUGAGCCGCUUACACACGCUCUUGUUUCCUUUCUUCUUCUUCUUCUUCUUCUUCUUCUUCGCUCUUUUGAUUGACGUUGCUUCUUCCGUACUUCUUCUCUAACCGCCUUGUCUAUCCUCUUCUCCACUUGUGCCCCGGCGAUAACAAUUUCACACCCUCUGCUGUUUCGUGUUCUUCUCUCUCCCUCUUUUCUUGUUUCGAUUUCAUUUCUCUUGCUCUGCGCAGCUACAAUGGCUGAUGUCUCGGACCUGUUGUCCCACCGACUUUACUUGCUUUGGCUGUGAUGGCUUGUUCCUUUUCUCAGUUCAACCGGCCUGUGCUUCCUUCUCCCUCCCCUCAACAGCCACAUUCCCUCGCCCUCUUUCCUCCUGCUCCUCCUGCUCCUCACUUCUGCCCACCGCAACCACAACCACAACCACAACCACAACCACAAC